AUUUUCAAUUCUCCAUCUUCAAGCAGGACUCGUCUUCCUCUUCUUCGGUCUUCCUCUCAUUCUCUGAGAAACAGAACAACCAUAUUCCAAAGAACAUCAAGAUGGACGGAAUUUGCAUCGAAGAUAGCACGACGACCGACUCCACCACUUCCCCCCUGAACCCCUCCUUGAAGUCACCCCCGGAGAGCGUGGUCUUGGACUCGGACAGCGGGCCAGAGAUCGAGUCGAGGAAACUCCCAUCAUCUCGAUACAAGGGGGUUGUCCCACAGCCCAACGGCCGGUGGGGCGCCCAAAUCUACGAGAAGCACCAGAGGGUCUGGCUCGGGACAUUCAAUGAAGAGCACGAGGCUGCCCGGGCCUAUGACGUGGCGGUCCAGCGGUUCCGUGGCCGGGAUGCGGUCACCAACUUCAAGCCCUUGUCUGAGACCGAGGAUUCGGAGCUGGAGUCUGCCUUCUUGAGCUCCCACUCGAAGGACGAGAUAGUGGACAUGCUGCGGAAGCACACGUACAAGGACGAGCUCGAGCAGAGCAAGAGGAACUUUUGCUCGGCUGGCGGAGAGGGAACUUGCCAGGGAGCCAAGGGUUUAGGUCCAUCCCAUGUGGGGAAGGCCCGGGAGGUGCUCUUCGAGAAGGUGGCGACACCGAGCGAUGUGGGGAAGCUGAAUAGGCUCGUGAUCCCAAAGCAGCACGCCGAGCGGCACUUCCCCGCGAACAGCUCUACGGCCUCAAAGGGGCUGCUCCUCAACUUCGAGGACAGAGCAGGAAGGGUGUGGAGGUUUCGGUACUCGUACUGGAACAGCAGUCAGAGCUACGUGCUCACCAAAGGGUGGAGCCGGUUCGUGAAGGAGAAGGGCCUGAAGGCCGGAGAAGUGGUCUGCUUCCAGCGGUCAACUGGGCCUGACAAGCAGCUGUACAUAGAGAGCAGGCCGAGGUGCAACACGCCAGCAGGCCCGACUAGCUCAUCCCCGGCCGGCCAGCCAGUGCAGAUGGUUCGGAUAUUCGGAGUGAAUAUCUUCAAGUUGCAAGGCAAUGGUGGUGGAAAUCCUGUAGAUAGUAAUGGUGGUAGUCGUAGUAGUAGUGUAAGUGUUAGUGGAGCUGCAGGUUGCAGUAAGGGGAAUAAGAGAAUUAGGGAGGUAGAUUUGCUGUCAAUGGAGUGCAGCAAGAAACAGACGGUCAUUGGAGCCUUGUAACAGUCGUUUUUCACUUUUUUUUUUGCUUUGCAACCUUUUCUCUGUCUUUUUUGGUUUUAAUACUUUUUUUUUUUUAAUUUUGGAAUCUUGUAGAUUUGUAUGAAAGGGGGAAAUGGGGAGGAAGGUGUAGUAGGGGAGUGAUUUGCAAUUUUGCAUGCAAGUUGCAAGAUGGGUGUUGGGGGAAAGGAAUUGUAUAUUCCAAGACAAAAGGGCCGCAUGGACAGCUGAAAUUAGGUUCAGGGAAAAAAAGAAAAGCAAAGAAAGAACGAUAAAAAAAUGUGAAGGGGAAAGCAAAAGAAAGAAAUGGAUUACUGUCAAUUUAUGAUCUUUCUUCAUUAGCUAAGCUUUUGAUUUAUCACCGAGGUCUAGUGGCUGAUGAUAACAGCUAAUCGGGUGAUCAGUUUUCUUAA